AUGGGCGGCCCCGGGAACAGCAGCGACGGCGCGGAGGGCGCGCAGCUGCCGUGCGACGAGCGCCUGUGCUCGCCCUUCCCCCUGGGGGCGCUGGUGCCGGUGACCGCCGUGUGCCUGGGCCUGUUCGCCGUGGGCGUGAGCGGCAACCUGGUGACGGUGCUGCUGGUCGGCCGCUACCGCGACAUGCGCAGCGCCAGCAGCCUGUACCUGGGCAGCAUGGCCGUGUCCGACCUGCUCAUCCUGCUCGGGCUGCCGCUCGACCUGUACCGCCUGUGGCGCUCGCGGCCCUGGGUGUUCGGGCAGCUGCUGUGCCGCCUGUCGCUGUACCUGGGCGAGGGCUGCACCUACGCCACGCUGCUGCACGUGACGGCGCUGAGCGUCGAGCGCUACCGGGCCGUGUGCCGCCCGCUCCGCGCGCGCGCGCUGCUGUCCCGGCGCCGCGCGCGCGCGCUCAUCGCGGCGCUCUGGGCCGUGGCGCUGCUGUCGGCCGCGCCCUUCCUCUUCGUGGUGGGCGUCGAGCAGGACGCGGGCGGCCCGGGCCUCAACGGCAGCGCGCGGCAGGCGCGGGCGCUCUUCAGCCGCGAGUGCCGGCCCAGCCCGUCGCAGCUGGGCGCGCUGCGCGUCAUGCUCUGGGUCACCACCGCCUACUUCUUCCUGCCCUUCCUGUGCCUCUGCGUCCUGUACGGGCGCAUCGGCCGCGAGCUGCGGAGGCGCCGGGGGCCGCUGCGGGGCCGGGCCGCCUCGGGGCGCGAGCGGGGCCACCGCCAGGCCGUCCGCGUGCUGCUGGCCGUGGUGCUGGCGUUCCUGGUGUGCUGGCUGCCCUUCCACGUGGGCAGGAUCAUCUACAUAAACACCGAAGACUCGCGCAUGAUGCUCUUCUCCCAGUACUUCAACAUCGUGGCGCUGCAGCUCUUCUAUCUGAGCGCGUCCAUCAACCCCAUCCUCUACAACCUCAUCUCCAAGAAGUACCGGGCGGCCGCCCGGAAACUGCUGCUGCCCCGGCGGCCCGCGCGGAGCCGCGUCUGCGGGAGCGCGGCCCAGGAGGGGGGCCCGGGGAGGGCCGCUGCCGGCUUGGCGGAGACCGGCCCCCACGGGCGCUCGGCGGCGUCCCCCGGCGCAGCCAGGCAGGUCGCUUCCCGCCACGACCCUGGGACUUCAGGGAAAACAGGUGUGUAGGGAAACAGGCCCGGUCGGUGGGGAAACUGAGGCCGCCAGGAAGCACCGGGCAGAGAGGUCGGCGUUCGGCAGCCUCAGCAGCAGCCUGGGCAGCGUGAUUUCUUUUUUUCUUUUUUUCUUUUUUUGAGCCAAGCUACGCCCCUGCACCCCCCCCCCCCCGUGCCCCUCCAGGACGCUGACCGCAGCCCCGGGAACCCCACGUCACAAAGUGUGCCCGGGGGAGCGGUCCUCAGUGUUCGCGCCCUGCACGUGGGAGCUGGGGCGACUGCCCGUGUCCCGGCCCGAGAGUCCGCGGAGAGAGGCCGCCGAAACCGUCGCCUCCGAGCCGAGCCGAGGCUAUUGGCAGGGCCCUGCUCGGAGGCGCUGCUGUGCGUGCGGCGCGAGGACUCCUUGCAGGGGGGCUCACAGCCAGUGGCAGAGUUGGGGGCCAGUCCCGCCUCCCAGACCUGCGGGGCGAGCAGCAGCCAGAAGCCCCCCCGGCCGCCCCCCCCCAGCUGCCCAGCGCCAGGCCCCCCGCAGCACCAGGCGUGGCCUCCCCGCGAAGGGACAACCGACGACGUUUUAUUUAUUUUAAUUUUUUUAAGACUUUUAUUUAUUUAUUCAUGAGAGACACACAGAGGGAGGCAGAGACCCAGGCAGAGGGAGAAGCAGGCUCCAUGCAGGGAGCCCAACGCGGGACUCGAUCCCGGGACCCCGGGGUCACGCCCCAAGCCGAAGGCAGAUGCUAAACCGCUGAGCCACCCAGGGAUCCCCAACCGAUGACAUAUUAAAAGAUCGUCACUGCACCUUA